UAUCCUCCCAAGUCAGUCAUCCCAGUAGAGAGUGCGCUCCAAGGCAUGGGGGUUUUGUUUAGGAAAGGAACCCGACACAUGCGAGAACUUAUAGUGGCACACCUUUCCAAUGGGACUAGUCUCGCCAACAUGCGACUGUUUCUGAGGACGUUGCACCGAAGCGGCGCCUCAGCGCGAACGGAUGGUGUAGUUCUUUUCCCUCGAGAUUAUUGCGGUUCUAAACAAGUGUGGGAGGUGUUCCAAGAAGACGAAGCAAGUUUCCAGAGGAUAUUGGCUCUGUCUGAUCCUGAAACAAUUGCUAAUCGAAGAGCUUCAGAUAUCACAAACUCAACUCUCAUACCAUUUAAUUCGAUAGUUUUCAAGCGCGCAGUAGAAGAGCAAGCGCGAUCUGCCCGUGUGGAUUUGAGAUGGGGCACGCGGUUAAAUGACUCACAAGCAGAUGGCAAUGAGCAAGAGCUGGUCCGGUAUGGCAGCAUCGUAGGCUUCGAGAUGCAAGAACUGGAUCCUACCAACAUUUUUAGCGGGUUCUUCGAUGACCCUCCAGCACAACUUCGCCACUGGGUAUGCUACGAGAUGUUGCUGGGAAUGGUAAAAUCGAAGUACCGCCGUGUGCUUCUGACGCAAGUGAAGGGUGUGCUUUUCGUUGGCGAUGCAAUGGCCGCAAUCCGUAGUCUGCAACACUUGUACCUCUCUGGAGAAGACCGCUCAUGGUCAGAUUCAGACGCUGAGGAACUUUUGGGAGAAGAGGCGAAAAUCACUCUCCUAAUACUUUCCAGGACGAGGAGAUGGUGAAGCCUUCCACAGACACGGAAAUGAGUUCCGCACAUGGAAUAGUGUUACUAGAGGCCGAGGAAGUUGACAAGAAAACGAUACCUGCAGAUAUGAUUAUCCUCAGUCCACCGACACUCCCAAAGUCAGAGAAGAAAUCGAAUGUUGCGACCAAAGAGGAGUAUGCCAAGGGCUUGAUACAAAGCCUUUAUGGCACCGGACUAUGGCGAUUACUUGACAGGGCUCACAGGGAGAAGGCCGUCGUGAACAGCGGCUUUGGGAUGGGGAAGAUGGAUUAUGUCCGCAAGCUCGAAACAAGAUGACAACCGAGAUUGUCCGCAUAGCUUUGGAGAAAAAAAUCGCCAGCCCUUCCACGACAAAGCUGUAAUCAAUUACUUAGUUCAUCAAAGCUCUGUGUUAAGAAAGCGUGUGCUAGCUCACGUGAAGAUAGUGCCGAACCGGGACUCGGCAAUGCACGCUCUCUCUCAGGUUCCAAACAGCGGCACGUCUCUUGGAAACGAAGAGGUAAAACUAAGCGAUACUGUCAUACAAGGGCUGGAAAGUUCCAGGUCAGUGGCGGAUUCGGAGAGGGGGCGCAAGAUUGUUGCAGCAAUCCACGACAUUUGCUCUUCCCAAGCUGAGUCAAAAGUGUAUCAGGAUUGCUGUAGAUAUGUUAACAUGUCUGUUUAUUUGCCAGACUUUCCGGUAGCAUUAUAAAGAAUUAUUUGACCAACUUGCACGGUCAUUAUUUCGA